CCUUUCGUCUUUGAAAACUCGCAAAUCUUCUCAUAGAAGCAGACGCACCCUUUAUUAUUGUAAUAACUAUAAAAGGAAAAAAAGGAAUUAUUGUCGCUUUUCUUCCUGUCGAUUUGGGACUCGGACGAUUGACUGUGACUGCGAGUCAUGACUAGACCGCCGCCGUCGAGUUUGGGUGUCUCUUCUGCCAAGCGAUUAAGCGUUUUUGAUUUCACUGACGAUGAUGAGCGUGUUGAGAAGUUGUCUGAGAAGAUUCUUAGGAAAUUUGGAGAACCUAAGAGAAGGCGAGACUUCUCCUCUUCUCCUAUCACCAAGGAUAAGUUUAUUGAGUUUUUUGCAGGACGUACUAGGGCUCAAGAAAAGGAAGGUGCCAAUGAACAUUUUGUUGUUGAAAUUGACCCUAUCAUUGUUGACAAUGAACCUGUUGAUGUUGACAUGAGACUUGCUGAAGGGAUCAAGGCUCCAUGCCAGGAAAUUAGUGACGAAUCGGUAGAUAUAGAUACUAAUGGUGCAAGCCAUCCUCACAAACUUUCUGUUUCACCUCCUAUGUCCACUCUACUAGAAGAUAUGUCCACUCUACAAGAAGAUGGUGCGGUAAAGGAGGCUUUUUGUGUGGACACACUGGUGCUAUCUGGUUCUCCAAAUUUUGAGAACAAGUCAGUAGAUAUGAUUUCAGAUGAUGAUGAUGGAAGUGAAGCAAGUUAUGCAUCGAUUUCCCUCUCCACUCUCGAAUGGACUGCAGUUCCAUCAAAAGAUCCAGUACCAGAGUGUUCUUCUGUUGGACAUAAUAUUGAUAUUUUAAAUAAUAAAGUUGUUGUUUUCCCCGAUUUUGUACUAUACAAAGACAUAUAUUGUACAGAGUCCCACUUAACAUUCUCAAGAAGUUGCAUCAGAGUUGAGGGUUCCACUGUAAAUGGGGCCAAGGGAACGUUUAACAUUGAAUGGGCAAUUGGCGAUGUUAUUAGUAUUGAAUCUGAAUGGUGUGGGAGGGUUGAGACUGCUAUGAUUAAUUUUUUUCUUAAGCCAAAGGUUUCUGAAGGAAUUGGAAGUUCAAAUGAACCAUCAGGCAUUGACAAGUUGAAGUUUUCAGUUUAUGAUCCUAAUUGGUUUGAAGGACAGGAAGCUAUCAGAUCAUUGGAUGAAAGAUAUAGAGACAUCUGGAAUGUUAUUUUGGAUACUGAUAGAGAAAAGGAUGAUGAUGCCUUUGCAGUGUCCAACAGUGUGGCCAUCCCAAAGCCUUAUGUUUAUGUCCUUGAUGAGCCUUUUAAAGAUGUUAUUUAUCCACAAGGGGAUCCUGAUGCUGUUUCAAUUAGUAAGAGAGAUGUGGAGCUUCUGCAGCCUGAGACAUUCAUCAAUGAUACUAUCAUUGACUUUUAUAUAAAAUUUUUAAAGAACAAAAUUCAACCAGAGGACCAGUAUCGGUUUCACUUCUUUAAUAGUUUCUUCUUUCGGAAGCUUGCUGAUCUAGACAAGGACCCACGUAAUGCUUGUGAAAGCAAGGCUGCAUUUCAACGUGUUCGUAAAUGGACAAGAAAAGUGAAUAUUUUUGAGAAGGAUUACAUUUUCAUUCCUGUAAACUAUAGUCUCCACUGGAGUUUGAUAGUCAUUUGUCAUCCAGGUGAAGUGGCUAAUUUUAGAGAUGAUGAAAGUGAAAGGGCACUUAAAGUACCAUGCAUCUUGCACAUGGAUUCUAUUAGAGGAAGUCACAGGGGCCUCAAGAAUCUAAUUCAAAGUUACCUAUGUGAAGAGUGGAAAGAGAGGCAUAAUGACACUCUGGAUGAUGUAUCUUCAAAGUUCUCACGAUUAUGGUUUGUUCCACUUGAGUUGCCACAACAAGAAAAUUCAUUUGACUGUGGCCUCUUCCUGCUCCACUAUGUGGAACUGUUUCUCGAGGAAGUUCCUACUAACUUCAGCCCUUUCAAGAUAACAGAAUUUUCAAACUUCCUUAAUAGGAAUUGGUUUCUGCCUGAGGAGGCUUCUCUUAAACGGGUACACAUCCGGAAGUUAAUUUGUGAAAUUCUUGAAGAUCAGUCUCAGCAAGUUCCUAAAGUGGAAUCCAUUGAUAAGCAUCCUUGCUCCCAAUUUGCCAAUACAAAUGAGCAAGAAACUGGAUUAGAGUUCAUUGAAGAGAGAGGCAGUUCACUGAAAAUGUGCCAGGGUGAUUUUUGUGGUCCUAACACUGAACUGGGAAUUGGGAUUUCACUUCCAUCAGCCUCUCCUCUGGGAGUGUUGCCACAACAAAUUAAAGAACCAGGAUUGGAUUCUGGGGAAUUGUUUGAGCCAGAAACUAGUGCUAGACUCUUUUACAGUAGAAAUUACUCACAAAUGGGAGCAAGUCAUCUAAGUUUCAUGUCACCUAUAAAGGAGGCAGAAGAAAAUGGUGAGCAAAUCUCUGAUUCAUCAUCAGAUACAGAUGAUCCUUGUAAACAGAACUAUGUGCAGGCUGAGGAACCUUCUGUUGAUGACUCAAGUUCUGGAACAUCUAUCAGUGGGUCGCAGAAAUCAUCAGAAAUAGGGUUAGAUGACCAGGUAUUUUCUGCAACUUCCUCUGCGGACCUUGCAACUUAUGUUGUUGAAGAUUCUCAAGAGGCAAAGAGCAUGAAUAACGGAAAUGACCUUGCCCCAUCCGAUGAAGAGUUUAACUUGAUGGGAAACAUCAUCAGCAAAAAUAAUGUACCGAGUAGCUAUGAAGAUUUGGUUUCAGAAUCAGAUGAACAGUCUGCAAAAAGGCCAAAGCUGAUGACUUCUAGAGGUGGAAGAUGAAUCACAAGGUGACUGUUGCAAUAUUUGCGCUGAACCUGCUGUAAAUAGCAAUAUUUUGGAACUUACAUAUUGUGAAGGCCUUGUAGAUAGGGGGAAAAGCACAAUAAUUAGCUUAUAGGUAGGCAAACAGAAUAGAAAGAUAUAAAGAAAAUGUAAAAGAGAUGACCUUGUUUUUGUAAUGGGGAUACUAACCCAAAUGAAUGGAUGAUGAAUUACAUUUUGGAAAGGCAAAA